AUGGCUUCCAUUCAAAAUCACUUCCUCACUCUUUUACAUUUUGUCAUACUCUCUCUUCCCCUUUCUCACUCGUCCUCCAUCCAUGACCUCCUCAUAUCCAGAGGAUUACCAGCAGGCCUUUUCCCAAAGGACAUAAAGUCCUACACCGUUUCAGAAUCUGGAUUUCUUGAAGUGUUUCUUGAAGGGCCAUGCUUGAUCAAAUUUGAUACCAUGGCUUUGUAUGAUAGGGUUGUGAGGGCAAAUCUUACAUAUGGCAGUCUUACUGGAGUUGAAGGGCUUUCACAAGAAGAGCUUUUUCUAUGGCUUCCGGUCAAAGAAAUCAUUGUAAAUGAUCCCACUUCAGGUCUCAUACUUUUUGACAUUGGUGUUGCUCACAAACAACUUUCACUUUCUCUCUUUGAAGAUCCACCGGAUUGUAACUCAAAAAGCGGAUUCAAGAAAAAUGGCAGAAAAGAAAAGGGAUUUGCAGAUCAAAGAUAA